AGAAAGAAAAGAGAGAUGACGUUGCAUCUGUUGCUUCUUCUCAUAUGGCUAGCAGCAGCAGCAGAAGAUUCAGCAGCAUCACAAGCGCUGGUCGACUGCCAAGAAAAAUGUGGGGACAUCAGCAUUCACUAUCCAUUCGGCAUCCGCGAUGGCUGUUACAGAAAAGGGAAUGGGUUUCGGUUCAAUUGUAAUGAAUCUUUCUCACCUCCCAAACUUUUCAUAGGAACCGGUAACGUUGAAGUCAUCGAAGCAUCGCUAGAGGUAGUGCGCGUAAAGACCCGUAUAAUUUACAGCUGCUACAAUGAGUCAGGCGGGCGAGUCUCUUCUAAUUAUAAUAUCGGGACCGAUCUGCGCAAGUCCGUGUACACGUUCUCUGACACUCGAAACAAAUUCACUGUCGUUGGGUGUGACAAAUUCGUACUGAUUGGAGGGUCGGAGGACAUGAACUUGAACUUCACGAGCGGUUGCACACCGACAUGUGCUAGCCAAGGGAGCAUGAUCGAUGGAUCUUGCACCGGCAUCGGUUGUUGCCGGAGCGCCAUUCCAAAGGGUGUCAAGAGGUUCCAGCUAUGGCGCAAGGACCCAAACAACCCCCCUCAUACUUGGGCUUUCAAACAUUGCAGCUUCGCUUUCCUGGCUGAGCAGGACCAUUUCCCGUUCUCUGUGACGAAUCUCUCUGACCCGGAUUUCGUCAAUAGGACCAGAGCUCUUAUUUCAGUAGCACUUGACUGGCGGGUGGGGAAUGAGUCUUGUGAAGAAGCUAGAAAUUUGACGAGUUAUGCAUGUGGUAACAACAGCAACUGCUCUGACUCAGCCACCGGUCCUGGAUACCACUGCAAGUGUCUUGAUGGGUAUGAAGGGAAUCCGUAUCUCACCAAUGGAUGCCAAGAUAUUAACGAGUGCAAGAAGGCCAAUGACUGUACACAUGAUUGCAUUAAUACAGAGGGAAGUUAUGAAUGUUCUUGCCCAGACGGCACCUAUGGGGAUGGUAGGAAGGACGGACAAGGUUGCAUCAUAAAGGAAAAAUCUUUUCCAGUAAUGAAGGUCAUUCUAGGUGUUGGUUCGGGUCUCCUGUUUCUACUUAUUGGUAGUUCUUGGUUAUACUGGGGAUUAAAGAAAAGAAAGCUCAUGCUACUUAAGGAGAAAUUCUUCAGGCAAAACGGGGGUUUGCUAUUACAACAGCAAAUCUCUCAUCACCAAGGUUCUGCUGAGACAAGUAAGAUAUUCACCGCAGAAGAGCUGGAAAAGGCAACCAACAAAUACCAUGAGAGUCGAAUACUUGGAAAAGGAGGCUACGGUACAGUUUAUAAAGGAGUUUUAUCAGACAACAGAGUAGUCGCAAUCAAGAAGUCCAAAAUAGUGGAUGAAAGCCAAAUCGGGCAGUUCAUUAAUGAGGUUGCCAUUCUUUCCCAGAUCAACCAUAGAAACGUGGUGAAGCUCUUGGGCUGUUGUUUAGAGACGGAAGUUCCUCUGUUGGUUUAUGAAUACAUAUCUAAUGGGACUCUCUUCCACCACAUCCAUGAUCAGGGCCAUGUCUCCUCACUCUCUUGGGAAAACCGCUUAAGAAUUGCUGUGGAAACUGCAGGAGCACUUGCCUACUUGCACUCUGCAGCUUCAAUACCCAUCUUUCAUAGAGACGUUAAGUCUACCAACAUACUAUUAGAUGAUAAUUAUACUGCCAAAGUGUCUGACUUUGGAGCAUCGAGGUUGGUUCCUGUGGAUAAAGCUGAAUUCACUACAUUAGUGCAAGGAACCUUAGGAUAUCUGGACCCAGAAUACCUGCUUACAAGUCAAUUAACAGACAAAAGUGAUGUUUAUAGCUUCGGAGUAGUUCUUGUGGAGCUCUUAACUGGGAAGACUCCGCUUUCAUUUGAGAGAUCUGAAAACGAGAGAAACUUAACAAUGUAUUUCAUUUCGUCAAUGAAGGAAAAUCGUCUCUUCGAGAUUCUAGAGGCUCGAGUUGUGGAUGAGGGAGGAAUACAACAGCUCUUAGCAGUUGCAGAACUUGCAAAGAGAUGUUUAAGAGUGAAGGGUGAUGAAAGGCCUGAAAUGAAGGAAAUAGCAUCAGAGCUGGAGGGACUGAGAAGGUUCGAGCAACAUCCAUGGGUUCAACAGAAUGUAGAAGAGACAGAGAGCUUGCUAGGUGAAGCGUCACAUUACUCUGCUGGUAAUACAACGGGGGAUGAUAGUUUGAAGAGCUAUGCAAUCUUGGAAUUAGACAUGCCACGGUAAUAGUUUAAGAGUAAUGUCAUCUGUACUUUUUUUUUUUUUUUUUUUUUUUUGGAGUUUAAGACUAUGCAAUCUUGCAAUUAGACAUGCCACGGUAAUAGUUUAAGACUAAUGUCAUCUGUACUUGUUAUUGAUCCUGAAUGUUUGUUGAAAUAUACCAAAAUUGGAUGAAAGCAGAAAUAAAGGCUGGGCGCAUGUUACACAA